AUGUCCAUCGUGGGCGUCAACGGCGUGGGCAAAUCGACCAAUCUCUCCAAGAUCUGCUUCUUCCUGCUGCAGAACCAGUAUAAGGUGCUCAUCGCGGCUGGCGACACCUUCCGGUCCGGCGCCGUCGAGCAGCUGGCCGUGCACGUGCGCAACCUCAAGGAGCUCACGGCGCGCGAGGGCGGCCAGGUCGAGCUGUACCAGAAAGGGUACGGCAAGGACGCCGCGACCGUGGCCAAGGACGCCGUCGCGUUCGCCACGCAGGAGGGGUUCGACGUGGUGCUGAUCGACACCGCGGGGCGCAGGCAUAACGACCAGCGGCUGAUGUCGUCGCUGGAGAAGUUUGCCAAGUUCGCGCAGCCGGACAAGAUUCUGAUGGUUGGCGAGAGCAACAACCACAACAAUAAUCUUAACCCCGCCGCCGCCCCGCCCCCCUCCACCCUCGCCGCCCAGCUGGUCGAGAACAUCUCGGCCUCGGCCCGCACCACCACCUCCUCCUCCGACGAGACCGCCGACGAGCUGCGGCGCCUGUUCGCCACCAUCGAGCGCGUCAAGGACGACCCGGCGUGCCUGCGCACGCCCGCCGACCGCCUCGCCCACAACCACCUGCUGGUCUACGUCUGCGGCGCCGUCGUGCUCGACGGCCUGCCGCUGGCCGACGCCUUCGCCGACGCCGAGCGCCUGCGCGCCGACGCCCGCCGCGCCGUCGCCUUCCUCCGCGUCACCGUCGCCGAGACGCCUGCUGUGCUCGAGUGCGUGACUGAUGGCGGCACGUUUCUUGCCCGCGGGCGCGAGCCGCUGUGGGUGUGGAUCCUGCCUAGGUUGUUGAGGAUGUUGGGCCAUCGGCGGUGUGCCGGGGUCGAGGGCGAGGUGGAGGAACUGUGCCGGUUUGUGCUGCUGCUGGCGGCGAGGAAUGCGAAGUUGUGGGGGUUGGGGAGGGCGGUGAUGGGGUAUUUUAGGGCGAAUUUCAGUGCCAUUCUUGCCCGGUUAAAGUCAGCCCUCUCGUCGUCGCGAGAGAGAUCGAUCGAGACCAAGCUUCCGCCCCAAGCUGUCCUCGAGGCCUUGCCUGGUGGUCCGCCCCGCGGGUGCUCCUUCGCUCUGCCCGACGCCGAUCACGCCCUCCGACACGCGCUGAGCCUCCUGACGAUCCUCAAGGGCGUGGUUUUAUCGCCAGAAUCACCGGCCGCUCUGCUCUAUGGCCAGAAUUUGGUGUGGCUUUUGGACGCCUUGCAAUCAUUAAGCUCGAUCUUGGCCACAUGGCCGACACCGCUGGGAGCUGGCCUGGCGGCUGUUGUCCAGGUUGCCCUAGACUUGGCUCAGGCUCCUAGUAGUUCGUGCGGCCUGGACGAAAUGCUCUAUCACAAGGCUACCACUACUUUGGCCUUGCGAGCUGUUCUCUUGCUCAGAGAUGCAACUGUCCGUCCUCUACCAGCACAGCCCAGCGCGGAGACCGUUCCGGCUAUGUUCGUCGACGGCGAGCUGCGGCAGCAUGUCCAGAAAUUCGCGACGCGACAAAAGAGCGAUGUCCCCAGGGGUCCGGUUGCCAAGCGUCGGAGAGUCGAUGACGAGACACCAUCGGUGUUGCUCGAGGUGGCCAACCAGCUCUGCCGAUUAAUAGAUGCUGAUCCUUCUAGCGAGAUCGAGGAGCUGGAAGCCUAUAUCGUAGACCGGUUUCCGCAGAUGGACGAGAAGCAUCAGUGCCAUCUUAUCAACCUCAUAUCCCGUAUCCCGUGCGCUGCUGACGAUACCCUGAAGCGCAGGAGGACUGAGCCCUCGGGGCCUUCAGCCUUCCACUGCCCCUUCUGCUCCGAGGAAAAGCCAAGCGAAUUGCCGCCCUCAAGCCGCCAUGAUGCCGCGAAGGCCCUGGGGAUUGCUAUCUUCUGCAGGCUCAUUAAGCUUCCAAGCUUUCUAGAAUCAAAAAGGCCUCGCGUGUUCGCCAUGGUCGCCCUCCGGCGCAUCGCAAGGCAUUCGACUGACAGCGAGUUCUGGGACCUGGAGAAGUCCGGUCCGGGCCAGUGGUGCCUGCAGUCUCUGCAGAGCUCCAUCCGGGAGCUUCGCAUCGCUGCUGGACGAGCCCUCUCCGUCUUCAUCUCAGAGCCGCCGGCCGCCGGGUUCGACUGGGAAGUCCUGAAACGCAACAGGGCCAAUGUUCUGAGUAUCCUCAAAUCCCUCUCAGAUAGGGGCGUCGCAAAUCUGCACGAAACUUGCAUAAUGGCUUGGGGCCAGGUGGGCAGAGUGGUGUCUGCUGAUGAGCUCAACCUUGUCCUCAUCAAGCUGGUCGAGUACCUCGGGCACCGCAACAUGUUGGUCUCCGGCAUUGCCUUCAAUGAGCUUUUGAAUCUUGCCGAUUUCAGAGGGGAGACGACAGCACAACUGUUCCAGCCCUUCUGGGCGAGCCUCGCCUUUUCGGUCGUCAAAGACCUGGUUUCUAAACCACAUGCUGCACGCCUCGUGGCUGAUCUCAUGCAGAUGAACGUGCCAGGCCUCUUGGUUAUGCUCCAAACACAUGCCCUUCCGUGGUUGGUUCUGACCAAGAAACGCGAGGUGGUCCAGAAGAUUGCAGAGGCUCGGGGGGACACCGACACUUUGCAGACUUGUAUGGAUCCGGCAAACCUCUCGGCCAUCUUGGCUCUGCUUCUUAUUCAGGAUGCCCCCGACAUAGCCGCGCAUGCGAUGUCACUGCUCGGCCAUGCUUGCCCUCAACUUGAGGGAUAUGAACUAGUCGAUCUGCUUCGCACAAAUCCCCUUAUGAUCGCCCUUGAGCUCUUCAAGGCCGGAGCCCAAGCCGAUGAAACGCGGAAGGCAAGGGUCCGCACGGCGCUCGCUACUAUGGCAAACCUCCUCUUGGUGGAUCAGAAAGACAAGCGGAAGAAGUCUCACGUCUUGGGGCGCUAUUUCCAACAGCACGCGCUCGGCUUAACCGCGCGGCUGAGCGAGGUCAUCAACGACACUUGGCAGUCAAAUCCGCCUGUUUCGGAACAGCGGCGCUGUUUGGGUGCCUUGGAGGAGAUGAUCAGGAUUUGCAACUCAUACGUCUGCAUUGCCCGUCCACAGAUCUCGGCCUGUCUGAUUUCCGCCAUGAGCUCUGACGAGCUGCGGUCGGCCGCCUUCUCCUGCUGGGACGCCAUGCUCACUCACAUGGAAGAGGCAGACGUGGAAGCGCUGAUUGAGACGACCUUCUUCAUUAUCGGCACCUACUGGAAGUCCUUCGAUCCGGCGACGAAGAAGAAGGCGAAGAAUCUAAUCUCGACUCUGCUGAACGACUAUCCGCGUGUCUUCACCGAGUAUUCCAACAAGCUGCCCUCGCUGAGCCAUGUGGAUGAACUGAGAGACAUCUGCCAGGCGCUAGACACCCUUCGAAAACCCAUAGACAGCAUGGGUGCUUUCGCGGUGUUUGCCGAGCGGCUGAACCACGAGAAUCCCGGGGUGGUCGAGCAAGCGCUGGUCGAGCUGAUCGCGUUCCUCGAGAAGAACCAGGACCAUCUCCAGACAUCGGCCAUCAGUGAGCAGCCGGACCCCGUCGUUACCACGCUGGCACGCUCGCUGCUGGAUUGCUCCGCCAAGUACAACGGCUGGCACGCCGACAUCGCUCGUCUCUGCGCCCAAGCCGUGGGCCUCGUCGGAUGCCUGGACUCCAACCGGCUCGAGACCGAACGCGAGCAGAAGCAGUUCGUCGUCAUCCACAACUUCGAGGACGCCCGUGAGACCACAGACUUUGUCGCAUUUUUGCUCGAGAACGUGCUCGUCAAGGCCUUUUUGUCGACAACGGAUACCAGGUUCCUCGGCUUCUUAUCCUUCGCCAUGCAGGAGCUUCUCGCGAGGACCGACUUCAAGGCCGCUUGUGCCCAUCAGGGCCAGGGAGACACCGAGCCCCUCUACAGAAAGUGGCUCACCUUCUCGGAGAGCACGCGCGAGGUGCUUACGCCUUUUCUAUCCUCGAGAUUUGUCGUUGCGCCGAUGACGUACCAAGCCACCGAGUACCCCAUAUUCAAGCCCAAGAGGUCGUACGCAGUCUGGCUGAGGGCCUUCGUCCUCGACCUCCUGCGCAACGGUCAGAAUGUGUUCAGCCAAGCUGUCUUCGAACCCCUCUGCCGCCUGAUCAAGGUCCAGGACCUCGCUGUGGCCGAGUUCCUGAUGCCGUAUGCGGUCCUGCAUGUUAUUGUGGGACAAGAACACAAGGAUGAAUACAGGGAUAAGGUCUCGGCUGAGAUGGCCGCGAUCCUGAAGCACCAGCCUCCGGAGACGGCUUCGUAUGUCGAGAAAGAGGAGAUGAAGCAAUUUUACCAGCGCACUUGCAACACGUCACCCUGGACCAGCAGGCCCUCAACCACCGCAAAGCCGGCCGGUGGACAGCAGCGCAGACGUGACGUUCUGUUGAACUACGUUGAAGGCAUGACGGUCAACACGGUCAACAGAAUUGCGCCAUUUGCUGUCGAGGCUUCGUGGGCAACCGGCAGAUGGCAGACGCUCGAGAAGUAUCUCCGCCUGUACAACGCAGGCGACGUCUCGGAAGUGUUCAACCUCGGCGUCGGCCAGGCGCUGCUCUGUCUGAAGGACGGGAACGUGGAGAAGUUCAAGGAGCACAUUCAGAUGCUGCGCGACAAGGUGGCCGGCUCCAUGACGUACUCGGCCACGUCUUCGCUCCGGGCGUGUCACGACGCCAUGCUCAAGUGUCACGUCUUGAGCGAUCUAGAGAUGAUCGCGAAUGAGAAUCUGAAGGGAGAUGGAGACCAGCAGGGUGUGCUCGCGGCGCUGGAUCGGCGGCUGGAAGUUCUCGGGGCGUAUGUGAGUGACAAGCAGUAUCUGCUUGGGAUCAGGAGAGCGGCGAUGGAGUUGAUGCGCGCUCGGUUGGCGAGGAAGUCUGGGUCAAUGCAUCAGUCGUUCAACGCGGUGCUGCACGCCCAGCAGCUAGGUGACGGCUCCGCUAUGAUUGAGAACGCCAGGCUGUUGUACAAGGACGGCCAUCACCGCAAGGCCAUCCAGAUCUUGCAGCAUGCCAUUUCCACCAACUCGUUCAUCAGUGAAAACGCUGUCACCAUUAGUGUACCACCAACGUCUAGCAAAGGUCCGGAGACGCAGCGCAAUAUGUUGACGGCAAGAGCGCAUCUCCUCCUCGCGAAGUGGCUCGACUCGACAGGCCAGACACACGCCAGCGCCCUCCGUUCCCAAUACCAGCAGGCAGCCAAGACGUAUCCGCAAUGGGAGAAGGGCCAUUACUACCUUGGCCGGCACUAUAAAAAGGUUCUGGAAUCUGAGAAGGCGCUCGAGCCGGAUGACCAGACCGACGAGUAUCUGACUGGUGAGACGGCAAAGCUAGUCAUUGAGAACUACUUGCGGUCUCUCAACUUCGGGGCGAAGUAUUUACCCCAGACGUUGCCCAGGAUUCUAACCCUGUUUCUCGAGCUCGGCGCUCAAGUUGACAAGGCGCCGACUGGCAAGGUGUCGCUCUCCAGGGAGCUGCAUAUGAGGAGAAAGGCCAUCCUCCACGAGCUUUACAAGAACUUCCAGAAGCAUCUGUCUCGCAUGCCAGCAUACAUAUUCUACACCUCUCUGCCGCAGAUUGUGGCAAGAAUAGCGCACCCCAACCCCGAGGUCUUCAAGGUGCUGGAGCAGAUGAUCCUCAAAGUCGUCGAAGCCCAUCCUCGCCAGGCCAUCUGGAACCUCUUCCCGCUCAUGACGACGAGGCAGGCUGGCGAGCGACGAACCCGAGGGCUUCAGAUUCUGCAGGCUGCCCGCGGCAUCAGCAAGAAGGUGGAUGGCACCUCCCUCGAUCUGAAGAUGCUGCUCAGGAUGGGCGAAAAGCUGGCCGAGCAGCUCUUGUUGGCUUGCACCAACGGCGAUUUCCAGAGCAACAGAACCACCAUGGCGAGCAUCACGAGGGAUCUCAACUUCAAUCACAACUGCACGCCGUGUCCGCUCGUGGUGCCGGUCGAAGCUUGCUUGACGGCCACGUUGCCGACGCUGACCGACAACGUCCGGAAACACAAAGCAUUCUCCCGAGACGUCAUUACCAUCGACUCGUUCCUCGACCAGGUCCUGGUCUUGGGCUCGCUCGCGAAGCCGCGCAAGCUGACAGCCCGCGGCACGGACGGCAAGCUGUACGGGCUGUUGAUCAAGCCCAAGGACGAUCUCCGGACCGACCAGCGUCUGAUGGAGUUCAACGGGCUCAUCAACCGGUCCUUGAAGCGAGAUGCAGAGUCCAGCCGCCGUCAGCUGUACAUCCGCACCUACGCCGUCACGCCGCUCAACGAAGAGUGCGGUAUCAUCGAGUGGGUCGACGGGCUCAAGACGCUCCGCGACAUUUUGCUGGCCAUCUACAAGACGCGCAAUAUCCAGCCCAACUACAGCGAGAUCGCGCAGAAGAUGAAGCAGGCCGCGCAGUCGGACGCCAACACGCGCAUCUUCACCGAGGAUGUGCUCGGCCAGUUCCCGCCGGUCCUGCCGGACUGGUUCAUCGCGCAGUUCCCCAACCCGUCGGCGUGGUUCGCCGCCCGGCUGAAGUACACGCGCUCCUGCGCCGUCAUGUCGAUGGUCGGCACGAUCCUGGGGCUGGGCGACCGGCACGGCGAGAACGUGCUGCUGGAGGAGGGCAACGGCGGCAUCUUCCACGUCGACUUCAACUGCCUGUUCGACAAGGGCCUGACGUUCGCGCAGCCGGAGCGCGUGCCCUUCCGCCUGACCCACAACAUGGAGGCCGCCAUGGGCUUCCACCGGUACGAGGGCCCGUUCCGCCACUGCAGCGAGCUGACGCUGCGCAUCCUGCGCCAGCAGGAGGAGACCCUCAUGACCAUCCUCGAGGCCUUCAUCUACGACCCGACCCUGGACCUCCAGCGCACCAAGAAGCGCCACUACGACGUCGUCCGCAUGAACCCCACCGCCGUCGUCGAGAGCAUCCGCCGCAAGGUCAGGGGCCUGCUGCCCGAGGAGAGCAUCCCGCUCGGCGUAUCGACCUCCUCGUCCGGUUGGGAAUACCUCUCAAUUUCCGACGAGAUGUCCUAUCGCAUCGAGAUCUCGCCCAACAAUCGGGCGGGCUGCCAGGACAAGGUCUGCAAGGAUGCCAAGUCCAAGAUCCCGAAGGGCGAGCUGCGCCUGGGCACCUGGGUGGAGAUCCAAGAUCAUGGCGGUUGGCGGUGGAAGCAUUGGGGCUGCGUCUCGGGGGAGCAGGUUGUGAACAUGCAGGAGAAACUUGGGGUAGACAAGAAUGGAGAGUACAACUGGGAUAUGCUUGAUGGCUGGGAGGAGCUUGAGGACCACCCUGACUUGCGCCAGAAGGUGAUGCGGGUCAUCAAGCAGGGACAUAUUGAUCCUGAGGACUUCAAAGGCGAUCCUGCGUACAACAAACCUGGCCAAAAGGGUAUCCGCCCGCGGGCGAAGAAGCCAAAGGCUGAUGACGAGGCAACCGAAGCUGAGGACACCGAGACCGAAGCCAAGGCCAAGCCCAAGAAGGCCGCCGCUAAGCGCGGUCGCAAAAAGGUCGAGAAUGAUGACGAGGAGGCAGAGCCGGAGCCUCCCGCAAAGAAAUCCAAGCGUGGCGGCAAGAAGAAGCCCGAGCCCGAACCCGAACCCGAAGCUGAACCGGAGCCGGAGCCCGAGAAGGAGAAGCCGAAGAAGGCGGCCAAGGGUAAGCGUGGCGCCAAAGCCGCGGCUGCCGUCAAGGAGGAGAGCGAGGCAGAGCCCGAGCCCGAGCCAGAACCCGAGGUGCCCAAGAAGAAGGCCGGAAGGGCCAAGAAGGGAAAGAAAGAGCCCUCGCCUGAGCCGGAGGCGGAAGAGGGAGAGAAGGAGGCGGAGCCCGAGCCGAAGGCCAGGGCCGGUCGCAGGGCUAAGGCUGCCGAGAAGAAAGAGGCCGCUCCUCCCGCGAAGAAACGGGGCCGCAAGUCGUGA